CUCUCUCUCCUCUCCUCUCUCCUCUCUUUUCCUCUCUCUCCUCUCCUCUCUCCUCUCUUUUCCUCUCUCUCCUCUCCACUCUCCUCUCUUUUCCUCUCUCCUCUCUCCUCUCUCUUUUCCUCUCUCUCCUCUCCACUCUCCUCUCUUUUCCUCUCUCCUCUCUCCUCUCUCCUCUCUUUUCCUCUCUCUCCUCUCCUCUCUCCUGUCUCCUCUGAGCGCUUUAGAACCCGGUCUGUCUUGGUCUCUUUAUCUUCUAGGAGGAGUAAACCCUGCAGGCGGUCUGGAUUAGUGUGCUGUGGGGUGAACGUGGUCUUAGCGUGGCCUUAGCGUGGUCUUGGCGUGUCCUUAGCGUGGUGACGGUGAUCUGACAUCUGGUCCAUGUUGAUCCUUUUAUCCACCGGCUGCUCACUGAGGAUUACAGAGUCCUGCAGGAGCAGCAGAGGGACCGGGAUCAGGACCAGGUCCAGCACAUGACCAUGGUGGAGGUGUUCAGGAUGCUGCUGGUCUGCCUGCUGCUGGUGGGUCCGGUCCUGAAUCAGGUCCGACACCCUCUGCCGGUGCUGUGGAUGAUGCCGGUCGGGUCGGGGGGGGAGUCCCCGGCGGUCCGACUCGCUCUGCAGGACCUGAAGACUCGACCGCCUCCGCUGGGGGACUACGAGAUCCAGCUCCAGCUGCUGGACUCACAGUGUGACACUGCUGAAUCACUCAAAGCCCUGUUUGACGCCAUGUGGGCGGGGCCAAACUACCUGCUGCUGUUUGGGGGGGUGUGUCCAUCUGUGACGGCGCUCAUCGCUCGCUCUCUGCCGGCUCUCAACCUGCUGCAGGUAUCCUUCGCAGCCUCGUCCCCCAGCCUGUCCAACAGGAAGUGGUACGGGAACCUGUUCAGCACGGUGCCGUCGGACCGAUCCCUGAACCAGGCCACUGUGAAGCUGCUGCAGCGCUUCAAGUGGACCAGGGUCGGGGUCCUCACACAGGAGGGACCCCGACUCUCUGAGAUGAAGAAGGAUCUGAACCGACAGCUUCUGAAGGCCGAUGUUCAGGUGGUUUCCUCAGAAAGUCUCUCUGAGGACGUCUGCAGCAGCUUGAGGAGGCUGAAGGAACAUGACGUUCGUAUCCUCAUCGGACAGUUUGAGGAGGACUCAGUCUCUGAGGUCUUCUGCUGUGCCUACAGGCUCAACAUGUUUGGAGCUCGGUACCAGUGGCUGGUUGUUGAUGGGGGGACAGCUGGAUGGAGGCUGGGGCAGGUUUCUGGAUGCACGGACACCAGUCUGCUGACGGCUGCAGACGGAUCCAUCAGACUGCAGACGAGACCGCUAGGCAACAGCAACACACCGGGGAUCUCUGGACGGACUCCUCAGGACUACCAGGACUCCUACCUCAGACAGCUGACCCCGGACGGGUCAAAGGUCGGCCCCCUCCACACCUUCGCCUACGACGCGGUCUGGGUCGCUGCCGGAGCUCUCAGUCAGGUGAUGGAGGCCGUGAAGCACCGAGAGAAGUACAGCAGCCAGAGAAACGUGAGCGUCACCGGGGAGGAAAUCCAGAGGACGCUGCUGGAGGCCGUGAGGCAGACGCAGUUUGAAGGAGUCACGGGUCCAGUGUUUUUCCGUAACGGGGAGCGGAUGACAACCAUCGAGAUGAUCCAGUUUCAAGACAGCAGUGGCGUGUUGGUGGGAGACUUCAGUACGUCCACACAACAGCUGCGACUGAACCACCUGCUGAAGUUCACAGGUCCAGGACCAGCCAGAGACCAGACUCUGGUCCUGGUGCAGCGGCAGCAUGUCAGCCUCCUGCUGUACAUCGUGAUGUCAUCAUCUGCAGCGGUGAGCGUCUUCAUCACUCUGAGCGUCCUCCUGUUCACCGCCGUCAGCCGUCCACACCGGCGGCUGAGACGCAGCGAUGGAUCCCAGGACGAGCUGCUGCUGCUGGGCCUCCUGCUGUCCUCCUCCUCCGUCCUGGUCUCCGGUCUGGACGGAGCCUCCUGGUCCCCCUGGACCUCUGAGCUCCUCUGCUCGGUGCGUGUGUGGACGCUGUCUCUGGGCCUCACUGUGAGCUUCACCGUGCUGCUCAUCAGAACCUGGAGGCUUCAUCCUCUCUGCAGCAUCAGACGGAGGCCGGCCGGCUGCGUGCUGCUGCUCCUCCUGCUGCUGCUGGAUGUGUUGCUUUUAAGCACCUGGCAGGUCCUGGACCCUCUGAGGCGGGUGGAGCUACAGCUCAGACCUCAGAACGUCUCUGCUGAUCCGGACCGGGUCGUCCAGAUGUUCUCUGAAUGCUGCAGCAGCUCCAACAUGCAGCUGUGGCUCACUGCUGUCUGCGGAUACAAAGCUCCUCUCCUGGGUCUGGGCUGUCUGGUGGCCUGGAGCGUGCGGACUCUGGAUCACCCUGAACCCCUGACGCUGAGCGUGUUUGUCGUGACGGCGUUCAGCGUGUCGGGACUGUUAGGAGCUCUGCUGACGACCCACAAUCCUCCUCUGCAGCUGUGUGUGACCGGCGUCCUCGUCCUCUGCUGCAACGUCUUCAUCCUCAGCGGGCUGUUUGGACCCGGGAUCCUGUACGCGUGUUCACACGGUGGCGAGCUGCAGCCGCCGUCAGAGCGGAGAGAGGAGGAGGACCGGACGAGGCUGAGCCGGCUGAACCAGCAGCUGAAGAGUCAGACUGCACAGCUGGAUGAGGAGAUAGAAACCAUCAGCAUGCAGCUCUGUGAGGCGUCGGAGCUGAAGCUUCACCCGGUGACCAGAGGACGAGACCCGGCUCAGGUCUGUUGUGAGGAGAGGAACCCAGAGAGGAACCCGGACAGGAACCCGGACAGGAACCCGGAGAGGAACCCGGAGAGGAACCCGGACAGGAACCCGGACAGGAACCCGGAGAGGAACCCGGACAGGAACCCGGAGAGGAACCCUUUGAGUCCAGACGGCAUCAACUCUCCUGAACACGUGCGGCGCCGUCUGUCCGUCCAGCUGCCGAUCCUCCAUCAUUCCUACCUGCCGGCCGUCGGCGGCGUCAGCGCCAGCAGCUCCCGUCUGUUCGACCCCCGGGAUGACUACUUCCUGUUCGCCUGACGCCACGCGGCUGCUGAACCAAUCAGACGGCAGCUGAGACCUUCAGACUGUUCUGAACCAGAGGACUCUGGUUCUGGUCCCCACCCAGACUAACAGAAGGACGCUGACUCUUUUAUUUCAAUAUUACAGCGUUUUGUAAUAAAAAUCUAAAAUAUGACAGAAGUCACAUUUCUUUGCUUUUAAAAUGUUUUAUAAUCGACUGAACAUCCUGAAAUGAUUCCUGUUUACUCAGCCGAGCCACAAAACAGGACAACGAGCAGAGAUCAGGCGGGGAGGAUCUCCUGAGAGACGCUGCUCUGGAACUAACAGGAGCUUUGAGCUUCACUUUGUUGGAAAAGGAUUGGAUGGAUUUACAUAGUUAAAAACAACGUCCUGAUGAUUUAGAUGAUUUUAUGAAUAUGUAACGUUUGUCCUGAGGUCAGACACAAGGAGCUGCUUCAGUCCCAACAUGUUCGGACGGACCUCCAGCUGUUUAAGAUCCUAAAGAACCAGUUAAAGAACCUCAAAGUGCUUUAAAUGCUCUUUAGGAUCUGAAUGCAGCUACAUAAAUAUCUAAAUAAUCAAAACAGAGUUCAGUAGAAGAGUACUGUGCAGAGUAUAUACAUAUGUACAAAUAAGUAUAUAUGUAUAUAUGAUUAGAUAUAUAACUUAUCAUUUAUACUGUGACGGCCCCUGCCUAGGUUAUAAAUGUACAAGGUGGUAUUACCAGUUGUUUGUCCCUGUGUCCCUGAAGGUGACACAGGGAUGCAGUGGGCAGAGUACUGGAUGCAGAGCACCUGGUCUUGGAGCUCCUCGGGGAUAAGAGCCCUCCUCCAGUGUUGCUCUCUCACUCUCUCCGGCUGACCUGGAGGCACCAUGCCAGUGUCUGCCCGUUUGGCCGUGGUUUGUUCUUGUUUUCACUAACAACACCCCACACUUCAUUAUGCUCACACAUUC